UAAGCGAUAUACAUUUGUUUAAAGCGAAAUAUUCCUUAUUAUGAUACAUACCGCAACUUUAUAACUUUAAGCAUACACGUUCUAUUACAUUUUAGGCUCACCUGCUGUCCGUGCUAGUUAGGUUUAAAUUCAAUUGAUUCUUUCUGGUUGUCUUCCUGGUCUCACAAUGGGAGAUUCUGCUACAGACAGGGAGAAUCGGGCACCUAGAAAACAUAGACAUCACCAGGAAAAUGAUCUAAGCAGUGAACGCAAUAUUCAUAAACCUCAUAAUAAACAUAUGCAGGAGAAUGAUCAAUAUUCAAAGCAAUAUCACAAUGAAAGGACUCCAUCUAGAAACAAACAGGAGAGAAGUAGAAACAGUUAUCCCGAGAGAGACCAGAUGUGCGAAGAAAAAAAAAGUCAAACCUGGUCUGAGCAGAGAGAAAAAUACUACAGAGAAAAGGAAGCAAGCAGAAACCAACAAGAGAGAAGCCAGGGACGGUAUGAUGACAAAGAUGGGUAUUAUAAAGAAAGAGGACAAGAUAGGAGCCAAAAGGAUAUGAGCCAAAAACAAUACUUGGAAAAAGAGAAUUACCAUAAAGAAACAGAAAAAGGGAGGAGGAAUACAGAAAAAAGUCAAAAUGACUACCACGAAAGAGAUGAAUAUCGUGAAAAUUAUUCAUACAACAAAGAUCGUCACCAGUAUCCAAUGGAUAGCAAAGAACAGGAGCGAUAUUAUGCUGAUCAAAGAACCUUCUCUGUGCAUGGCUCUAAUAUGGAAUAUGUUGAAGAGCAUGAGACAGAUGGUGGAAUCUUGGAUUGCCAUAAAUGCAGAUACCUUUGCACUAGUCGUGGUAUACUGCACAUCUUGGAGGUGAUCCUCAACGUGCUGGUUCUCAUUUUUGUAGUAUCCUCCUAUUUCGUUCUUUCAGGAUUCAGUGCUGGAAUGUCGAGUGGUGGUUUUGGAGGGGGAUAUUACCCUUUUGAGGGGCAGGAGCUGCAGGAGGUGCGUCAGCUAGACCAGCAGUUUACAGUAAUGCGGGCCCCUCUGCUUUAUGGGGGUUUAACUGUAUCGGUGUUGGUGGGGGCCCUGACCAUGGGAAUUUUGGCUGCCGGAUCCAAACACCUGUUGAGUCUGUCUUCAUUAUAUUUGCUGAUGGAAGUUUUGUUUUGCACGUUAGCAUCCUUAGGCUAUGGAACAGCACUAGGGGUGUUUUUGCACUUUGCCCUACAAAUAAACUCCACAGAUGUCUGUAAGAGACGGGAAAGGUUAUACGCCAGGAACGGCCUAACCUGGAUGAACUGUGACCUAGCAGGAACAGAUGGAGGAGCUGCUGCCUUUGCUAUUAUUUUGGUCAUAUUAUAUGCAGUAAGUGUAGUACUAGCUGGCCGUGCUUAUAGGCAAAGAAAAUUGCUGCAGAGACAGCGUCCAUUCUUUCCACCAGCUGCAGAAAUUACAUUUUAGCUGGUCAAACACUGAAAAAGCCACACAUAUGGGAGGUUGUCAAAGGAGGAAUAUUUAUCUAAUUUGCCCACCUGCAGGUAAUGCAGGCCUUCAAUGCAAGGAUCAAAUCAAUGAGCUAUUCCAUUCUGGCCCUUGCCGUGUUAGGAUUUUUUAAACUUCACCUUAGUGGUAAUUUCCAAGUACAUAUAUAAUGAUCUAAUUUAAUAUAUAUUAAUAGUGAGGAUACAUUAUAUGUAAAGGACUUCAGAGUAUACUGCACUAUAUUAACAAUACAUAUACAAUGUCCAACAAGGAAGCUAACGAUCUUGCUGCUCUAUUGAAUAAUCAGUGGAUAGCUUUCACUUCUGCCAAUAUAUAGAGAUUACAUUUCAAAUUACCCUGGUCAUUUCCAACAAGGAGGCAAGUAAUUUGUACAGUAUUAGUUCUACUACAGCUUUGGGCUAAAUUUUGGUCUAUUCCUAAAACAGAAUUUAUAAUACUGAUACACAGCAAUUAUUAUGUUUCCUGUGACCAUUGGUCGCAGGAAAGGUCAUUCGUUUCCCCCAUUGACGUUCACGGCUGAAUCGUCAGAUAUGGAGGUCGAAACAAUAGGGGUUUUUUUGCUUGGGCGCCUCCAAUGGUGCCCGAUCAAAAUCUUCUAACCCGUGACGAACAAUAUCAACAGCCUUUGCGAUAUCGCCUGUCUUGUCGAUC